CCUGGCGAGACAAAGGCGGCGGACCGACCGGGGUCAGGCAGCAGCAGCAGAGAGCCGAGAACCACUGUUUUUUUUUUUUUUUUUUUACUAACUGCUAACCCUCAGCAGCGGUUCCUGACUGACUGUACGCAGCAUGAAGACCCGGUGACACUCCCAGGGACGGACUUUUCCAGAAAGAGGUGAAAACUGCCCUCUUUUCGGUUUUUAACGUUUUUCUCCUACGCCCCCCCGUUUAGCGUGCUAGCUAGCUAACCCGCUAGCUGCCACAGCUCAGUGCUGGUCUCCUCCUCCUCCUGGCUGCUUCUCAUCUUUCCCCAAAAAACUGGGCGACGGGCGAAGGGAGUCGACAGAGGCAAGAUAAAAAGACCUCCCAGUAAACAGGCAUCCGUGAUCUGAUGUGAGAUCCACGGAGAGACUAUAAUGCCUAGCCCUUUAUUCCACCCCGAGAUUAUGGACCACGACGUGGUGAUCAGCAGCCAGCACAACGGGGUCGGUCUACCCCGAGAGACGGACCAGGAGUCUCGGGAAGAGGACCACCAAGAGGCGCUGCGCUUCGCCCUGGACCAGCUGUCACUCAUGGCCCUGGAGAAGGUGGACUGUGGGGGCGGCGGUGGUAGCGGAGGCGGCGGGCUGGUCGACACUCUGGAUGGGACCCAGGCUCCGGGCUCUGAGGGCUGUAACGGUGUGGGCGGAGGGGGCUACGUGGAUCUACAGAUGCUGGAGCAUCCCAACGGGUCCAGGGACUCGCCGACGUCCUGCUCUCCGUCCCCGGAGUACUACGGCUCGGGCGGGUACCACAUGGCCGGGUCGCACUCCAUGCUCCACGCGGAACAAAGCUCCGUCCUCUGCAGCAGGAAAAGAAGUGUCAACAUGACUGAGUGCGUGCCUGUCCCUAGCUCGGAACAUGUGGCUGAAAUAGUGGGGAGACAGGGUUGUAAGAUCAAGGCCCUGCGUGCCAAAACAAAUACCUACAUAAAGACUCCAGUCAGGGGCGAGGAUCCGGUGUUCAUCGUGACAGGACGCAGGGAGGAUGUGGAGAUGGCCAAACGUGAAAUUGUCUCCGCAGCGGAGCAUUUCUCCAUGAUCCGGGCGUCCCGCUGCAAAGCUGGGGGGCCUGGAGGAGGUGGAGGCUCUCUUCCCGGACCACCACACUUACCUGGACAGACCACCAUACAGGUGAGGGUGCCCUACAGAGUAGUUGGUUUAGUUGUUGGACCAAAGGGAGCGACUAUCAAGCGCAUCCAGCAGCAGACUCACACCUACAUUGUGACGCCCAGUCGAGAGAAAGACCCGGUGUUCGAGGUGACUGGCAUGCCGGAGAACGUGGACCGAGCGAGGGAGGAGAUCGAGACCCACAUCACCCUGCGGACUGGAACCUUUGUAGACCUGCAGGGAGACAAUGACUUCCACUCCAACGGCACUGAUGUCAGUCUAGAGGGCCUGGGCGCCUUGAGCGGAGGGCUGGGGGCGUCUCUGUGGUCCAGGGCCACCGGCCACCAUUCUGCUCCCCCGCCUCCUCCACCAUCCCCACCUCCUCCUCCCCUCCCCAUGUCGAUGCACCACUCCUCCAGCCGGAAGAUGUCCUCGUCAGUCGCCUAUCACACGCACAAUGGCGGGAUGAGCUCCGACAACUUCAGCACCGCUCGCAAAGCCAACGAGGGAGGCAGCCCCACCAGCCCUUUUAGCACAGGCUCCAGCAGUGCUGGAGGAGGAUUCACUUUUGGGGGCGACUCCACCCCAGGGCUGCCCUCCUCGGAUGAACUGGGCUUUGAGUUCAGUGCCGCCAACAUCUGGGCGCCUUUUGUCAACGGUGGAACAGGCAAUAAGACGGCCGGCUCCUCCCAGCAGCAGCCUUUACGUCGCAACAGCAGCGGCCUCAGCGGCGGAGCCAUCACCCCACGAUUGUCUCCAACUCUGCCUCAGGACACGGGUGUGGGCCCCCUCGAUCACCCGUUAGCCCGUCGUGCACAGAGCGACCCCCUCAGCACUCUCUCCUGGCUACAGUCUGGCGGCGCAGGAGGCGGCUCCUUCUCCGGAGCGUCCAGCUCCAGCUCCGGCGGCUCGUCAACUGGCUACUCCUCCUGCUCGGCCUCCUCCCUGCCCGGCGGCUCACCCACUGACUCCGAGGGAGGCAGCAGUGGUGUGGGCCUCAGCUCUGGGAUGCUGAGCCGGCUGAAAGGAGGCUCCGGCCCCGGGGUCGCAGGCCUGGUUGGCGUCAGCCCGGGGAUCAACAGGGACUGCUUUGUGUGUUUCGAAAGCGAGGUGACAGCAGCCCUGGUGCCUUGCGGCCACAACCUGUUCUGCAUGGAGUGUGCCGGGCAAAUCUGCCAGUCAGCGGAGCCGGAGUGCCCCGUCUGCCACACCCCCACCACACAGUGCAUCCGCAUUUUCUCCUAA